AUUAUAUGAUUCCAGAUGGAGUUGGCCAAUGAGACCACAGUCCAGGAAUUCAUUUUGCUGGGUCUUGGGGCAGCGCAGCAAACACGAUUCCUGCUCCUUAUCUUUUUUGCUGUUCUUUACAUGCUCACCUUGGCUGAGAACAUAACAAUUAUCACACUGGUACAUGUAGAUGCCCACCUGGCCCAGCUGCCCAUGUACACCCUGCUGAGCAACUUCUCCUUGUUAGAGAUGUGCUAUGUGACCACCACUGUGCCCCGUAUGCUCUUUGACCUGGCUUCUCCUCAUGGAAUCAUUUCAUUCCAUGCCUGUUUCCUCCAGUUCUACAUCUUCUUCUCACUUGGCUGCAAUGAAUGCUUCUUCAUUUCAGCCAUGGCCUUGGAUCGAUACUUAGCCAUCUGCCACCCACUACGCUACCCACAAAUCAUGUCUCAAACAUUCUGCUAUACCCUGGUGGCUGCUUGUUGGGUCCUUGGAUUCCUGGGGUACAUCCUUCCAGUGACUUUGAUCUCUAGAUUGUCCUUCUGUGGUACAAAUAUCAUUGACCAUUUUUUGUGUGAUCCUGAACCCAUUAUGUCCCUGGCCUGCCCACCAAUCAAAAACACUCCCCUUGUUUGCCAGUUUUCCAUGAAUAUUAUUGUGAUACUAGGCAACUUAUUCUUUGUUGCACUAUCCUAUGGCAUCAUCAUUCUCACACUGAUGAAAAAGUCUUCCAGUGAACACAGCCAGAAGAAGGCCUUCUCCACCAUAUCAUUCCACCUACUGGUGGUGACACUUUUCUAUGGCUCCAUUGUAGGAAUGUAUGUAACUCCAGGUGCAGAAAAUCAGUCGCAGAUAUCAAAAGUAGUAACUGUCUUCUACACGGCCAUUACACCCUUCCUCAACCCUUUGAUCUACUGUCUGAGGAACGAUCAGGUGAGGGAGGCAUUGGGCAGGUUGCUGAGGAGAAAGGAAAGAUGGCUGAGGAGAAAGGUGAUAACAUAA